CAGCUGGGCCUCUGUCCAGGAAUUCAGGCACAAUUUUGUCAUUUUCUUCCUCACAAUGAUGUCCAUCGUUAUCUCCUCCACAUCCAUGAACAGCAGCUGUUGGAUUACUAUGAAUUUGUCACUGAAAAAUCUAGAAAAGGCAGAAGACAGCUAUAGCCGUGAAGUGUGUAAUAAAGCGUGUCCAGGACAAGGAAACAACAACUUAAGGCCAGUGGAAGGAAUAACUCUUCCUGUUGGAAACACUACGAAUGAGAUCCAAGCCUCAGUGUGUGCCAUCAACGACUACCUCGAAAAUCAUCUUCCACACAUCGUCAAGAACCUGUAUGCCAACUACUCUAAAAUCACCAGAAACCUCCAAAUAUUUAGAAAUCAGCUGAGAGGUGUUGCCAGAGAGCACUUCAAAGUUGACAACAGCUGCAAGCGGGAGGUCCCAGCUCAGGAUGGCUACUCAAUGAAAGGAUACGGUUUUAGGAUCAUUCACUUCACAAAGAAAUGGACAGAAAGCUUCCUGAGAACCAACCUCUGCAGUCAGUAAUCUUUCCUGGAAACACUUGAGUGUUUAUUUAUUAUUUAUUUAUUUAUUGGGCUAAUUAAAUGUGUCUGAUUGUAUUUAUUUAUUUAUUAAUCUUUUUAGUAUUUAUUGAAGUUUAAUCGUAUUUAUUUAUGUCAUUGAUUUAGAAAUCUGUCUCUGGAAUUGCCAGAUUUGUGAUGCCUUUUUGGUGUGUCAUUAAUAAA